GACAGCAUGGAGGUAACAGCUCUCUGCACAAUGUUGAUGUUUGAAUUCACCCUGCUUCAGAACACUUAUGCUCAGAAUAGUGAUGGAGCUUUUCUUAGUAUCAUUCCAAACAGACUGCAGCACUUUAAAUUUCAGUCUGUCUCUUUUCACUGUGAGGGGAGUGAUGGGUCCAUUCAGUUGAGAGGGAUCAGGAAUACUGAGGAAUUUGAUCCACAAUGUGUCAUUAAAAGGACGCCAACAGGGUCCUUAUGCACUACUGAUAGAGCCUAUCCAGAAGACAGUGGUGAAUACUGGUGUGAGACUAACGGAGGAAAAACAAGCAACAGAGUCAACAUCACUGUCGCCGCUGGUUCUGUGAUCUUGGACAGUCCUGCUCUUCCUGUCUUGGAGGGAGACAAUGUAACUCUACAUUGCAGAAACAAGACUAUCUCCAACCUGCUGUCUGAUUUCUACAAAGAUGACCUCCUCAUAGAGACCAACUCUACAGGAGAGAUGACCAUCCUCAAUGUUUCCAAGGCUGAUGAAGGCCUCUACAAGUGCAGACUCUCUGGUGGAGAAACCUCACCAGGAAGCUGGCUGGCUGUCAGAGCAAAAGCUGUAGCUAAUGCUAUUGUUACAGCAAAUUAUCCUAUCACCUCUCCAUCCCAUCAUAUCACCUCUCCAUCCCCUCAUGAAGAGCCCCUCCCCAGGGACUCAGCCCAUGUGGUCCUCAUCCAGCUGUGGAUUACUGUCAUCAUUUUAAUGAUGGUUCUGGUGCUGGUGAUCGUAGGAUUCCUUCAUAUAAGGAAGCGUAGAGUUUCCUCAAAGAAGAAUACAGCAUGCUCAGUCUCUGGAGCGCAAUCUGAAGACGAUCCGAGCGGUGUGACGUAUGCAGUCGUCGUCACUAAACAGAGAAAGGAUGAAGACUCGGCAGACGCUGCUGAUAAUUUGAGCCCAGAGACAAACCACAGCAGAGAACCACAGAAGGAAAGAGAUGAGGACGAGUCUUCGGUUCAACUUGUUUACUCUACUGUGGUCAUAAAAAAGACUUCACAAGAUACCCAGCCCGCUGAAUCAGAAUUAUCCAGUUCCACAGUGAGCCUGAAUCCCACAGCAGCCACAGACCCAAAUACAACAGAGCCGGAGACUCUCUAUUCUACUACUUCCGAUUGAACUAGAACUGCCACGCCGAGCACAGACACCUGACUGAAGAAAGGAGGAGAAACUCUAUUUUGUUAUUAUAAUGUGAGCAAGUGACA